AUGAAAGAAACGAGAGACGCGCAGAGAGAAAUACGGAAAAUACAAUGGGGAGAGAAACGAGAGCGAUCGACGGAAGAAGCCGUCAGUGUGUCCCAGGCAAAAGAGAAAGCUGAAUUGUUUUUUUCCCCUUCAAGCUGGAUGGAGGCUGAGGGGGGAGCAAUGUCUCAGAUCGACUUUGCUGGGCUGGCUGUGUACGUCGCAGCAGCUGCGUACCUCUUUGUCAUUGCUCGGUCUUCACUGUCUAUUUCGCUGGAGUGGGAGCGAAUAUUCGGCCUCGAAUAUCAUGAUGGCCUAACUAGAGAACAAUCUCCCCUUCUGCUGCGUCGGAGGCACCAGCUGAAUAGAGAGGAAUCCAUGAGGGACGAUCAAGCAAAGCGUUCACCGAUAGUUACCUACCAGCACCCCCUGUUGACAGCAAGAAGAAGACAUCCAGCAGUCAUGCAGGGAGUCGUUUUUUUAUUUUUUGGUUGGCUGGUUGGUUGGGUUGAUCUAUGCAGAAGCACCCUCGAGUUCAUGUCACGGCAGCAACAAGAAGGAUGCAUAAAACAUCUCUUCGCUGCAGGCAAAGGUUCAAUAAUACUACUGAUCACUCAUCUUGCUACCUUUGGCGCUCCUUUUUGGUCGUAUCGCCUUUACUCCGUACACAACACGCUCGGAAAUCCAGCUGCGAUUAAGCGCCAAAUACUCAUCCCCCACACCGACUCAAAGUCAUCCAUCCGCUGA